AUGGCCAAGAAGGGAUAUAAUGGAGCAGGCGGCAGCAAGGCCAAGAAAGUAGACAAUAUACCGACCAACAUCAAAGUCAAAGGAACCAACCACUACCACGAUGCAGCUACUGUUAAACGACUAAACAUACUUAAAGGUGGAAAGCCAAUAAGGAAUAGCACUGGAAAGAUUGUCAAGGCUGCUCCAUUCCAAAAUCAUCUCAACUCGGGAGCGGUGGCUAGAGUGCAGCCUGAUAGAAGAUGGUUUGAAAACACUCGAGUCGUCGACCAAAAGAGCUUGGAAGCAUUCAGAGAUGCCAUGAAAACAAGAGCAAACGAUCCAUACACAUUCCUCCUCAAACAAAACAAACUGCCAAUGUCCCUACUACAGGACUCGACAAAGACUUCUCGUGUCCAUCUACUCGAAGUAGAUCCAUUCUCAUCGGCUUUUGGUCCAAAAGCUCAACGGAAACGAGUCAAGCUAAGCACUGAGACGCUGGCUGAUAUGGCUGAAAAGGCUGCUACUGGUGCAGACACGUACGAAUCAGUCAAAGACAAGAACCUCCUAUCAAACGCCGCUAUCGACGGUGUAUCUGAAGAAGCUAGAGGUCCUGAAUUCUCGAAAGGUCAAUCAAAACGUAUUUGGAAUGAAUUGUACAAGGUCAUUGAUUCAUCCGAUGUCAUCAUACACGUAUUGGAUGCUCGAGAUCCAAUGGGAACACGAUGCAAGAAUGUUGAAACUUAUAUGAAGAAUGAAGCCAAACACAAGCAUUUAUUGUUUGUGUUAAACAAGUGUGAUUUGGUACCUACUUGGGUUACUGCAUUAUGGAUUAAAGAAUUAUCAAAAGAUUACCCAACAUUGGCCUUCCAUGCUAGUAUCAACAAUUCGUUUGGUAAAGGAUCGCUGAUUCAGUUAUUACGACAAUUCUCGCGUCUGCAUAUGGAUAAGAAACAGAUAUCUGUUGGAUUUGUUGGAUACCCUAAUACUGGCAAAAGUUCCAUCAUCAACACAUUGAGACAGAAGGCUGUUUGCACAGUCGCUCCCAUACCUGGUGAAACCAAGGUCUGGCAAUACAUCACCCUUAUGAAGCGAAUCUACCUCAUUGACUGUCCCGGAGUAGUCUACCCAGCACCCGAAGACACUGAAACAGAUAUCGUUUUGAAGGGUGUCAUUCGAGUAGAAAUGCUCAAGAAUGCCGAAGAUCAUAUCCCCGCUGUAUUGGCACGUGUACGUAAAGAGUACAUGACCAAGACGUAUGGUAUAUCAGAUUGGACGGAUCCUAUUGAUUUCUUGACGCAGUGGUGUAAGAAGAGUGGGAGACUUCUCAAGGGUGGCGAACCAGAUCUCGGCACAGCAUCCAAAAUGAUAUUAAUGGAUUGGCUUCGUGGUAAAAUACCAUAUUACACGCUGCCUCCUUCGUACGUUGACAAGAAGCCCGAGUCUGCGGACAAGAAGGGCAAGAAACGUAAAGCUGCUGCUUCAGAUGAAGUUGAUGCGGAACUAGUGAAAGAGGAAGGUGAAGCAGUCGGUGCUGCUGCUGUUCAGUUGAAGGAGCUUAAGAGGAUUGUCGUUGCCCCAGCCUUCAACGCUUCUGAUCUGAAGGGUCCUACAUCAGAUGACGAUGUAACGGAGGAGACUGAAGAUGUUGAAGAUGAUGAGGAAGAUAAUGAGGAGGAGGACGAAGGUGAUGUCGUCAAGGAGGAAUCCCUUGGUGAAGAAGCUAGCCAAGAUGAUGGCAGCACUGGUGAAGAAGAUGAGGAAGAGGAAGAGAGCGAUGACGAAUAG